AUGAAAAAAGCACCAAUCAGUAUUGAUAUGCAAAAUAUUACAACUAUGAUAAAUAAUUUAAUCGAUAAAGAUCAAAAUCAAUUACGUCUUGAACUUGAAAGGCGAAAAACAAUGCUUCGACUAGAUGCUGAAGAACAUCGACCCGUUGAAAAGUUUUAUGUAUUAAAGCCAAGACAAACGAAAGUAUUACCAGCCGAACAUAUUGCUGAACAAACAAUUACUAAAGCCGAAGAAAUCGUACAACACUAUACCAAAAUAGCCACCAUUGAAAAAAAUAAACUACAAUCAACUAAAUCACAUCAUAAAAAUGCUGAUUUACUCGAACCAAUCAUCCAUGCCAUAUUUCAACGUGUAAAUAAUAUGCAACAACGUCGUGAAAAUGAAUUACAAGCAAUACUUACAAAUAUAUUCAAGCUAACACCUGUUCAACACAUAAAUUACCAAAUCAAACGCCAACAUGACUAA